GCGCCGGGGGCCGCGAGUACCCGCGGGCCUCCGCGCCCAUGAUCCACAAGUCGCGCCCGGCGCUGCUGCCGCCGCCGCCGUCCCGGGAUGUCGGAGACUCGGUGGGGACGCUCGUGCUGCACCCCACGAUCAAGGCCUUCCUGUGCGGCUCCCUCAGCGGCACCUGCUCCGCGCUGCUCCUGCAGCCGCUGGACCUGCUGAAGACGCGACUGCAGACGCCGCCGCAGCUCGCCCACCCCGGGUGCCGGCGCGCGGGGAUGCUGGCCGUGUGCGUGGACGUGGUGCGUGCUGAGCGCCUGCGCGGCCUGUGGAGAGGCCUGGCCCCGUCGGUGCUGCGGUGCGUGCCCGGCGUGGGCAUCUACUUCUGUGCCCUGCACUCCCUGGAGCGGCGGCUGCGCGGCCCGCCCUCCCCGCUGCAGGCGCUGCUGCUGGGCGCCAGCGCGCGCUCCCUGGCCGGCCUGUGCACCCUGCCAGUCACCGUGGUCAAGACGCGCUUCGAGAGCGGCCAGUUCGGCUACCGCAGCGUGCCCGCCGCCCUGAGGAGCAUCCACCGCGCCGAGGGCGGCCGCGGCCUCUUCCGCGGCCUCACGGCCACGCUGCUGCGCGACGCGCCCUUCUCCGGCAUCUACCUGAUGUUCUACCGCCAGACCCGGGGCCUGGCGCUGCGCGUGACAGGGCGGCGGGAUGCGGCGCCGGCGCCCGCGGUGAACUUCGGCUGCGGGCUGGUGGCGGGCGCGCUGGCCUCGCUGGCCACGCAGCCGGCCGACGUGGUGAAGACGCACGUGCAGCUGCGUCCCGGCCGGCCCCAGGGGGUGCGCCAGGCGGCCGCGCUCAUCCUCAAGGCGCACGGGCUGCGCGGCUUCUUCCACGGCGCGGUGCCCCGCGUGCUGCGCAGGACGCUGAUGGCCGCGCUGGCCUGGGCCGUGUACGAGGAGCUGAUGGGCCGGGUGGGCCUCUCGUCCUGACCCGGGAGGCUGGCCCCAAGAUCUCACCGGAACCUUCCAUCCCCGCGACGGAGGGGCAGCCGCGCGAGCCGGCCCCGCGCAGGCCCCCG